UCCUAAGGUUGUCUUGUCUGCAACAAAAUUAAACCCUAUUUUAAAAGUCAACGACCAUGGCUAAAAGAUUCUUCUUCUUCUUGAAGAGUUCUCUGAGAAUUUUGAAAGAAUCCAUAAAAGUAAUCCUUUCCGGAAGCUGCUGGAAAUCGAUGGCCAUAAUCACGACACUCUCCCUCGCCAUCCCCUCCAUCUUCGUCCUGCUUUUCGACAUCCUCGUACAUUUCGUCCUAGGAGUCCACAAAAGAUCAUACCAUGAUUAUGGCAAUAAUAAUAAUAAUAAGUCGAAGAUGUUGUUAGUUAUGAUGUAUACUCCUCUUCUCAUUGCAGCUGAAGUCGCACUCUUGCAAGCUUACUUCGUCUUCUCCGACCUCAUAAGCCUCGCAACCAUUCACGCCUCGUCCAUGGCCUAUAUCGGUACCAGAAUAUCAUUGUCCGAUCUUUACCGCCUAGUCGGAAAAUCCUCGAACAAACGCCUCACCGGCUCACAAAAAUCGGGCAUUAUCCAGCUCGCCGCAAUAGCAUUUUUCGUGUACAUUUUAAUUAUCUAUAACAAGAUCAACCUCGUCACGAUAUGCCUAUCCAUUUUUCUAUCGAUAGCAUUCAGCAUUCGCAAAAUUCGUGCAUCGAUUGUGGCAGCCGUGGCAAUGGUGGCGGCGGUGGUGGAGGAGAUCGACGCCGGGGAGGCAGCGCCGGAAAAGCUCGUCGACGGGCAAAUUUGCGACGGGAUGGCGGUGAUCUUGUGGGAUAAGGCAUUGUUGAUGGGUAGCUUUGUGGGGUUGUGGGUUGUGAAUGGAAACAUAACAUUGAAGAAUUUGAAGGUUUAUGGGAUGCUUUUCCUCAAUGUCCAUUCGGUUCUAAGGGUUUUCCGAUCGGCGGCGUGGGUGGUGCUGUAUUUCCGGUGGCGGCAGCGCGGCGGAGAUGAGGUGGUUGGUGAUCAUGAAGACCAAGAGUGUGUGGAUUAGUCUAUGAAUUUGUUUGGUAAAGGAUAUUUUUUGAUGAGAUAAAUGUGUUUUUAGUUAUGUUAUUUGUUGUUC